AUGGCAGCCAUAUUCCAGGACGCCCGGCUCAGCCCAUCGAUCGCUGAGAAGAUAUAUUCCCCCCUCCCCUCUCCUUCUUCCACUAGAGUUUUGCAGCUCGAGAAAGGAUCGUAUGAUAACCCUCUUAAAGCUUCACUUGUCGUUGUGGACAUUGCUGCGGACUCAUGUCCGGAGUACGAAUGUAUAUCCUACACAUGGGGCGACCAGAUAUCACCCAAUUCCAUCAAUGUGGAUGGAAACGACGUCCCCCUCCGGAUGAAUUUGGAUCAAGCCCUCCGUCGUUUUCGCUCGGCUACAACGCCCAGGCUUCUGUGGGUCGAUGCCAUUAGCAUCAGACAGGAUGAUUCGAACGAGAAGGCACAACAGGUCAAGAUGAUCGGCGAUAUCUUUCAGAACGCCACGAGGGUUCUAGCCUGGCUUGGGGAGCACUCUGAUUCGAGCGAGAGUCUCUUCAACACUUCCGAAGAAGCUGCGACUAACCUUUUUGACCGAGACCGUGCCGAGUUCCGGCACAAGUACAACACGCUGGCCGACUUUAUGAACCGUCGCUACUGGCACAGAACUUGGAUAGUCGCGGAGAUUGUUUGUGCCCGCGAGUUACUAAUUUGCUGUGCCUCUGACAAGAUCGCGUGGGAGCAUCUUCUCAAAUACAACUUCACCGAUGUGAUGCGAUUCGAUCAAGGCUGGACAAGGAAAUUGACCAAGUUGGAGGACGCAAGGAAUGGCCACAAGUUCGCACAUGACCCAGCCCACAUAUCAGAUGUGGAAUGGGAGGGGCACCGCGAACUGCAGGGCUAUCUCUAUGCGACGGAGAACACGGAUUGCUUGGAGCGCAGAGACAAGAUAUUUUCGCUCCGGGCAAUCCUGCACAGCACGAGCAUGCGCGAUGCCAUUCGCGUCGACUACACGACGUCGAUCCCCCAACUCUGCGCCCAGACGCUGAAAGCCGCCCUUGUGGCUUACGACGACGACCAGAACAACAUUGCCGAGUUCUUGCUGUUGUCCUAUCAACUCGACAAAAGCCUGCAAAUGGCCUUGGAAGAAAGACUCCAAAUGGCCGAUCUCCUUCUCGAUGACCGGGACGGUUUCGAGGCGCCUGCACUGGACAUAGUGAGCGACAUAUUGUCCGAUGGAGCCACGGAGAAGUUCUUCGAGAUCGAAUACGAGCCUUACGACACGGAGUGGAGCUGGGAGCAGAAGAAGGACCACGUCCUUUCGUGGCGCGACAAGGCGCGUCGAAGUGGGAAGUGGCCUUCCACUCCUGUCACAGCGCAAGCCAAGUUCUCCUAG